UCCGCAGGACCUCGCCGUCGCCUGUGUCGUCAUGCCGCCGCCCGCCUCUGCGCUGACACCCUUUGUCUGCCUCAGAUCUGGCUGGAGGUAGCUAGCUGGGUCGGUUCGUCGGCGCGAAGUCUGGUGGUUGGCUCGCCGGAGAUGGCAGGGUGGAGCAGCGGCAAGGGUGGAGGCACGGCCGCGACACGGUCUGACGCAGAUUGGAGAGAGGGAGCGAGGGUACCCAUUGGCCUAGCAGAUUCUUCAAGAUCAAUGAAGCCCUCCAGCAUUACGACGCCCCUUCUCAUCCCUUUUCUACUCGCCUUUCUUCUGCUCACUAUGCAGGCAAAUCUCUCUUGUGCUGCUGGCGGUACCGCCACUCAUGACCGUCCUCCAGACACACAUUCUCCCACUACUUCUCCACUUGCCCAUCCGAUGGCGGUGCGGUCUCAUCUCUCUCGUGUUUACGUCGGAACCGCCGCUCACUACAGUCCUCCAUACACACCAACUGCGUGUUACGGCAAAGAUCCAGCACAAUUCCCAUCAAACAACAUCUUUGCGGCGGCAGGUGAAGAAAUAUGGAACAACGGUAUAGCGUGCGGUAGGUAUUUCCUAGUCCGGUGCAUCAGCGCCUCUGUCUCCGGAACCUGCAUUCCAAACCAAAAUAUCCAAGUCCGAAUCGUCGACCGAGCACUAUCCUCGCCUUCACGUCCCUCGCGUAACGGGGCUACCAUUGUCCUCUCAAUGACGGCCUUCAGCAAAAUCGCAAAGUCGUCCGCCGUAGCCAUCAACGUGGAGUAUCAACAGUACGUUCUUCUCCUCACCUAAUUGGCUGUCUUCUGAUCAAAACUAAAGUGCUCAUUCAAUAUCAAUAAACAUGGAACAAAUUUUACGGGAGAAACCCGAGGUUCAACGUGAAUAAGCUUUUAACAUGGUAUAUCUCGACAUUUUUUUCGG